AUGGCGAUUCAUCUUCGAGUUUGCCCCGCCAUGAACGUCCCUUGUUCUCAUUUUUGGAAGCGCACUCAAGUCUCCCACCUCGACGAAGCUCCAGGAAAAUUCAUUCCUAACCAUUCGAUUCUCGAUUCCAACCUCGAUCUCUCGGCCGCGUUGUUCGACCAGCACAAUGUUUUCUCAAACAUUCUUCCUCUUCGAUUUUUCGAAAAGCAGAAGUUCCAGCCGAAGAAAAAAUUUGUCAAGAUCAGAAAUGAAUACAAGCUCAUUGCGAAAGCACUCGUCGACGCUGCAGUUGAAGCUGCACUGAUGAUCAUGAAAGCGCCCGAACAAACAAAAGCAAAUUAUGAUUUUGGAUAG